GUUUCUACCAGCGGCCCCGAUCCCUCGUUCCUAGAGGCCCGCUCCGCACUCGACCACCAAUUCGUUUAAUUAAUCGCCGGCUCCGAUAUCCAUUGGCCGGAAAAGCGUCCAGCGCCGUUGACAACUCAAGGUCGGUGGCGGUCUCGUUCCCGGGAAUCCCACUCUCCGGUUGGGGUUUGGAGAUUCGGCUGACCUAGGCCGCCCCUCCACAUGGCGGCCGCGUCGCCUGCCCAGGGCAACACCGGCGCCACCACGACCGCCGGGUUCGCAGCUGCGCACACGCCGCCGAAGACUCUUCGCGGCCUCAACAAGCCCAAGUGCAUACAGUGCGGCAAUGUCGCCCGCUCCAGGUGCCCUUAUCAGUCGUGCAAGAGCUGUUGUUCCAGAGCACAGAAUCCUUGUCAUAUCCACGUGCUCAAAGCAAAUGCAACUUUCCCGGACAAGACCCCAGCUUCAAGCCCUCCUCUGUUUAACCAGCACUCCACUGAGCCAUCGUCAGCCGGGAGUUCACUCAGAGUUGCAUCUCUUAGGCAACUUUCAAGUAACUUUGCUCAGUUCAAUAAUGUCCAUAUGCCAGUCCGUUCUAGGAAACCUCUAACUAAAAAGGAUGUUGCAGCCAUAAAUGAAUGGAGGUUUUCGAAGUUAAAGGAAUUUCAGGACAGAAACAUAGAAUUAGAAAAUGAAUCCUUUGAUCGGUACCUGCAAAACGUUGGCCUCCUCAAGGAGGUCUUUUCCGUGGAAUCUGUUGCAGAACAUUCAGUAAGAGAUUCAUCUGAGACAGAUUCUAACCCUGCUCCUUCAGAGAACUCCGAAAGGAUGAUUUUGGAGAUGAAAUUGAAGUUAAGAUCCAACGAAACAAGGAAAGAGAACUUCAGAAAGAGGAUUCAGCAUAUUGUUGAUCGGGGUUUAAAGAAGCUUAAAAAACGAGAAGUGGGAGAUGAUUUCAGUGAUUCGGCCGACCAAAAUGGGCUCAUUAAGAGACCCAAGUUGAAAACUCUGCAUGUUGAGAAGACCUCAACUAUUGUAGAGCUUAAUGAGAAGCUGAGCAAAGCUCGAACGGAGGAGGAUCUGAAAUCUUGUUUGGAGUUAAAGGCUCAGUUGCUUAAUCCUCAAAAGGGGUCCACUGAAACUGCAUCAGAGAGCACUGAGAAAUCUCACGGGCAGGUCGAGGAGGAUGAUGGAGUGGUCGGGCAGGCCUCUGCUUAUUUCCAGCCAAAAUUGGUUAGUCCCGUCGAAAUUGACCAGCAAACCGUCAACUGCAUUGAUGCGCAAUUUUCUUCCCUUGAUCAGAUAGAGGGUGUGUAGAUUUUCAGAAGCGCUAAAGAUAAAUGAGUCUGUCGAUAGAUGUUGUGUUCUAGGUUUAUCAUAGGUCAUGAAUUAUGGUAGAAGUUGUAUCAUUUUAUGCUGAGAUAAAUCCCCUGAUGUAGUUUCGUUACUUCCCCCUCUCCGCUUCUGUCUCUAGUGAGAAACUCCAAUAUGUUUGGCUGGAAGGAUUCGGAGGCAGAUGGAAGGAGAUGAUUCGGGGUGAUUCCUCGAAUUCCAUGUAUCGGGAUAGGAAUUUUUUUCGAAUUAUGAUUGAUGAUGAAAUAAUUAUUUUGACACCGUG